AUGUAAUAGAUUAAUUAUUAUAAAAAAUUAGAAGAAUUUUUAAACUCUUCACUCUAAUCUCAUUAGGUUCUCCAUAUUGAUCUGAGUUAGAAUAAAAUUGGUGAUGAAGGUACAUCAGGCUUAGGUUCUGCUUUAGCAAAUUGCACUAAUCUCUCUAAUGUAACACUUCUUCUUAGUUACAAUUCAAUUGGUGAUGAAGGGGCAUCAGACUUAGGCUCUGGUUUAGAAAAUUGCACUAAUCUCUCUAAUUUGACACUUGAUCUUGAUAACAAUAAAAUUGGUGAUAAAGGUUUAUCAGGCUUAGGCUCUGCUUUAGCAAAUUGCACUAAUCUCUCUAAUUUAACACUUCGUCUUAGUUACAAUCUAAUUGGUGAUAAAGGUUUAUAAGGCUUAGGUUCUGCUUUAACAAAUUGCAUUAAUCUCUCUAAUUUAACACUUCUUCUUAGUUCCAAUAAAAUUGGUGAUAAAGGUUCAUCAGGUUUAUGUUCUGCUUUAGUAAAUUGCACUAAUCUCUCUAAUUUGACACUUGAUCUUUUUAACAACAAGAUUGGUGAUAAAGGUUCAUCAAGCUUAGGUUCUGCUUUAGCAAAUUGCACUAAUUUCUCUAAUUUAACACUUCAUCUUGGUUCCAAUUAAAUAAGUGAUAAAGAUGCAUCAGGCUUAGGUUUUGGUUUAGCAAAUUGCACUAAUCUCUCUAAUUUGACACUUGAUCUUUUUAACAAUUAAAUUGGCGAUAAAGGUUCAUCUGGCUUAGGUUCUGGUUUAGCAAAUUGCCCUAAUCUCUCUAAUUUAACACUUCAUCUUGGUAACAAUAAAAUUGGUGAUAAAGGUGUAUCAGGUUUAUGUUCUGCUUUAGCAAAUUGCACUAAUCUCUCAAAUUUGAAACUUGAUCUUCGUUCCAAUUAAAUUGGUGAUAAAUGUGCAUCAGGAGUAGGUUCUGCUUUAGCAAAUUACACUAAUCUCUCUAAUUUGAAACUUUAUUUUCGUUAAAAUUAAAUUGGUGAUAAAGGUUCAUCGAGCUUAGGUUCUGCUUUAUCAAAUUGCACUAAUCUCUCCAAUUUAACACUUGAUCUUCGUUACAAUAAAAUUGGCGAUAAAGGUGCAUCAGGUUUAUGUUCUGGUUUAGCAAAUUGCACUAAUCUGUCAAAUUUAGCACUUGAUCUUAGUUACAAUAAAAUUGGUGCAAUUGGUGCAUCAGGUUUAGGUUCUGCUUUAACUAAUUGCACUAACCUCUCUCAUUUGACACUUGAUCUUCUUAACAAUAAAAUUGGUGAUGAAGGUGCUUCAGGCUUAGGUUUUACUUUAGCAAAUUGCACUAAUCUCUCUAAUUUAGCACUUGAUCUUUUUUAAAAUUAAAUUGGCGAUAAAGGUUUAUCAGGCUUAGGUUCUGCUUUAGCAAAUUGCUCUCAUCUCUCUAAUUUAACACUUCAUCUUAGUUAUAAUUAAAUUGGUGAUUAAGGAGCUUCAGGUUUUGGUUCUGCUUUAACUAAUUGCACUAAUCUCUCAAAUUUGAAACUUGAUCUUAGUUAAAAUUAAAUUGGUGAUAAAGGUUCAUCAGGCUUAGGUACUGCUUUAGCAAAUUGCACUCAUCUCUCUAAUUUAACACUUCAUCUUAGUGGAAAAUUAAUUGAAGGACCAUAAUAAUUGAAACUAUUAAGCAAAUGUCUUAAAUCAAAAAGAUUAGUUGUCUUUACAAUAAAUUUCUGA